AUGAACGAGGAUACAACCGCGCAAGCACAACGUGAUAGAGAACAAGCACAACGUGAUAAUAUAGCACAAUGCGAAAGAGAGCAAAAAACAUUUUUUCUUGGAGAAGUCGAAGCAAUGUUGACCAGUCACGUGUCGGGGCUGUAUUGCCUCUCUGGGACAGAUCACUCUCUGCAACAAGCAGUCUCUGGAGUAAUAAAAGAGUUGGAGGAUGCGAUUGAUAAAGCGUGCUCUACUCAUAAGUGGGCGGAUGGUUUAGAAGUUCGACGAAAACGAAAACGACAAGACAUUCUCAACAAUUUUUGUCGUGUUGACGAGAAAGGGAUGUACUCGAACGAAUCGUCGGUUGUUCACCUUGAUAUUGAUAGAAGAAAAACGGAUUCGUGGAUAGAUAUUUUAUCUGGACAAGGAAAGCGCAGUGUUAAGCCGGAUCGAGCUCGUGCACGAGAAAAUGCGGAAGCGAGACUCAAGAACGCGAAGAACUUGGCGGUGCAGAAAGGUAUUCCAAUCGAGACCGUCUUGGUAUCGUUGCCGAGUGUAGAGGCGGAAAUGCACAAGGAUACGAUCGAGCGAUUCAUUUACUUCAAUUGGGCCCCUAAAAAUGAUAAACGCACCGUGUCGUUCCUAGAAGCAGAACAUUUGGUAGAAUCGAAUUCGGAUUCUCUUGGGUAUAGUGAAUGUCCGAAUCCGGAUUUUGCGUUGAAGGACGAUAGAUCACCGUCGACGACUCUGGAAGUCUUCAACGCGUUGAUCCCAAUGAUUUUCCCACAGGGAGAACAAUACCGCUGCCAUGAUGUGUGUAUGUUUUUGAUGUGGGAAGGUCAAAAAGUCGACCAAGAUCCUCCGUUCAGAAAACCGAGCACGUUCUCCGAACAAGCGCAAUUUGACUUUGGGCUUUUCUUGGAUCCGGAGAAUCCAAAGCCAUCCUUCAUCACGCUAUUCGCUAGGGAUACGAUUCAGAGCUUCAUCGCAGAGGUGACUACAGAAAAAUGGAGAGAACGUUACACGCUUUUGCGUUUGAAGACCGAAGCUUACCGUCUGUACAGCGAUAUUAUCAAUCGCGUGGACGAAGAUUUUGUUUUAGGUUCCCAAGUUGAACCGAUGGUGUUUGGUAACUAUAUUCUUUGCGACAAUAAAGAUCCCAACAACGAUGUUUUCAUCGAAGCCUUUCCCUCGCCUUCCGGCAUGGUUAUUGGAAUGAGUGAUGAAAAGAAUCGAAACCAGUCGACGCGUCGCUUUCAAGGUAUUUCAGUAAUGAGUAAUGCCAUGCAACUUCGCCCGAUGAACACGGGUUGGAUCAAUCCAGCUACGAAAGCUAUCUUCGGACACAGGAGGGAGUUGGGUUCGGAAGAUAUGUUGCGCGAAGGAUCUGAAGUCAAUCCAAUAGGUUCGCAGUCUAGUUUAGGAGGCCAACAAAAUCUUCCGAUGGGAACGAGCUUUGACGCUCUGGCGACGUCUAAUAAUCGACGCAGAUCUUCACUAACUCAAGAUUCAACAAUGGUGCUGGAAUCAAACAAUGAAGAAGCUGCCAACGACGAUGAUGAAAUGAUGGAACUUGAAGGUGGCCAGUAA